AAAAGAUGUUAGCAGAUGAAAGAAAAGGCGGACAAAGGGAAGCAGGUAGAGAAGAAGAGACUGAGAGUGUAUCAGAAAGGUAAAGGCAGAGAAGAGGAAACCGAAGCUGUGACUGCCAGUCCCUUCACUCCUUUGUCAAACUCGGGCCCCUGCUUCCUUCAGAACGGUGAGAAUCGGGGAGAAAACGGGGAAUCGAGCGCUCCAGGGACAGAGGAGAGUAACAGGAAAUUGCAGCAUGAAACUGUGUGACUCAGAAAGUUUGAACCUGAAAGUGUCUGACUCAGAGAACCUGACAAAUACAACUCCGGAGCGUAAUAGGACACUGAAAUAUUCACGAACCAAGGUUUGCCCACAGCAUGAAAUAAGUAUGAGUCUGAUGCAUUUGGGUAUUCUGUGCUGAAAUUCUACACUAAACACAGUAAGUCUUUUCGUGUUUGAUAUUGUGUCCUCUGUUGGCAGUUAUGCACUUCACCUGCGAUUCCCUCACCUCUGUCGGAUUAAGACAACGUUAUAGCUUUCUAAAUCAAGAUUAAAAGCAAACUAUAACUAUGUGUUUACUUUUAGUUAUAUUCUUGCCAAAGUGAACCCAGUGCUGCCUACUAUGGAAGUGUUUAGAUUCCAAGUCAAACAAAAUAAAAUUUAGGCAUCAAAAUAACAAGGAUUGGGGCCACAAGAAGAGAAAAAAGAUAACUACAGGAAGGGGAAUAAGGUCGAAAUUUUGAGAUUAAAGUAAAAAUUUCAAGAUUAAAAAAAAAAAAAAAUCAAAAUUAUGUGAAUAAAGUUGAAAUUUCAAGAUUAAAAAAAAUCAAAGUUAUAUCAAUUAAGUCAAAAUUUUAGAGAUUUAAGACAAAAUUUACAUAUUACAAAAUGUCAUAAAUAAUGUCCAAAUUUGGAGAUUAAAAUCUUGAAAUUUUGACUUUAUUCAUGUACUUUUGAUUUUUAAUACUGAAAUUUUGACUGCAAUCUCAAAAUUAAAUUUUUUUUUUAUUUUGACUUUUUUAAAUUUUGACCUUAUUCUCGCAAUUUCGACUUUCAUCUCAAAAUGAAAAAUUAAAAAAUCUCCCUCCUGUAAUUAUUUUUUUCUCUCGAGGUGCCCUAACCCUCUUUUGUAGCAUCAUGGGACUCUUUAAACACCAUCUUGUUGUGUUUUUCAAUGCCAGAAUAGAAGGAACUACACUUUGGGGUGUUGGCUGGCCUAUAGAAGAUUAAGAGUCCACCCCAAGAACAUAGGUCAAUCCUUGGGGCAGCAAUCACCAGCUGACCUUCGACCACCACACCAACAGCCAUCAGGUGGCAUCCUUAAGGGAUAUUCCUGAGUAAAAUUAAGUGAGGUUCAAACACACCCUAACACUGAGUUAGACACCCCCUCGAGAGAUGAAUGUUUCUGACCGCUUGCUUCUCUAGUUAUACCAACUUUAGUAACGACCGCACACUAACAAUACACAGCGGUCUACGUCUCCACGUGCAAAUCUCAACCAAAAAGCCACUCUAUAGCCACAAAUAAUGCUCAGAACAGCACCUAACUUCAUCAACAGUACAUAUAGGGUCCUAGCCAUAGUACUAGCAACUAAACAUCUUUUUAACUUUGCCUGAUUUCUUUAGCAAAGAGACUAAACACGACUCACCUACUCUUUUACAGCAGCCGCUUGUUUGUGGGGGGAGCCCUGACAAGUAGAUCACCGAAUGCAAGUUAAAGCAAAACGCAGAAAGGCAACAAUCAAAAUAAUGCAUUUUUAGAGGAAAUCUUUGCAGGAGAAGCUGAGAAUUUAAGAGCUUGGGCCGAAUCAGCAGGACAUUUGUAUUCUUUUGUACAAUAACUUCAGUCCUGAUGCAGUUGUUUUCCUCAUACCUCAUGCCUUUUGUUAAUAAUUAUGUUUCAAUGAAUAAAAAAAUAUGAUUGUUUAAAUAAUCCCUUCUUUUUGCCACGUUUGUGAAAUUAACAUGCUAAUCUUGUCUUAUCCUGUCCGUCAUUUUUUGUGAUCAUGUCAUACAAACAAAUCAAUAUAAAUACUGUUUAUUUGAUGCACUUUAAUACAGAGACGCAGUAUCUGUUGUUCUUUGUACUUCAUGUUUGGAUUGUAAAAGCCCCAUGGAUUAAACUGCAUCAGCUACAACUGAUAUAGUAUGGGAUUAUCUCCUUGUUAAAAAAGGAACAAAAAUAACAUAAAAUUUAUAGUGAGUAAACAGCGAAUUGCCCCUUUACGCUCUAUGGGAAAUGUGCAUCCUCUCUGUUUUGUAAUCUCAGCUCCUCGUGACCCAAAAGUUGCUCGUACAUAUGAUCUGGAUUUAAGUUGACAGCUACUAGCCUCUGUCAGGCAGCCCGUGGCUUUCCCAAACUCAAGGAUUUUCCACUCUAACACGCUACACAAAGCGGAUAAAACGCUGUUGAAAUCAAGUGCAUUUUCCACUUGAAAACAGUUCAUCUCAAAAUGUGAAGCAGCUCGGGCAUUCUCCGAAACUAUGUAGUGUCACACUUACACAUGCAAGCAUUACGCAGCUUUGACAAGAGUUUAAAAGUCCCUAAAGUCACGGUUUUACAGAGAAAAAUAAAAGCAUGAUCAUAAUUUCGCUUUACAAGUUCUGUUUUGUUUGAAAAUUCUUCUUUUGGUGGAAAUCUGACACGCUCCUCUUCCUCAUCCUUUUAAAGGGCAUGUCAGAGCGCAUAUUUGAUCAACAGCAGACCUGGCAGGUUGCAGGGGGGAAGAAGACACAGAGCAAACAAACAGGAGCUGCAACCUCAUCUGGAAGCUAAGCAGACAGUUUUUUUAGCAGUCCUGGACCUGAUGACUCCUCCGUUAUGAACUGAACCAAAUGGGUUUUUUAUUUGAAAGGUUUUCAGAUGUUUAAUGUGCUUUAUCUUUGUUAAAAC